AUGUCGAGUUUAAUUCUGCAGUGGUUGAUGGCUCGGAACGUGCCUGACACGAGUCAACUUCAACGUCGCGAAUUUGACUCGUCAAAAUCCGUGGCAGCCAACUCGGCCAACUCAGCGGCGGGCUCAUGGGUGAUUGACCCUUUGCCCUCGCUUCAGCGAGGAGGUUUGAUUGCGAUUUCGGCUCUGGCGAUGAUUUCUCUCAUUGCAACCUUCUGUCUCUUAUGUUUCUUUACCUAUCGAUUCAUUUUCUGGAAAAAGUAUUACAAGCGUUACAUCGGAUAUAAUCAAUAUGUCGUAUUGAUGUACAACCUCGCUAUCGCGGAUUUUAUUCAAGGACUGGGGUUCAUUGUCAGUUUGCGGUGGAUCAACCAGAACUCGCUUCACGCAGAGGACCCCGGAUGCUUUCUACAAGGCAUCUGGCUCCAAAUGGGCGAUCCCAUGAGUGGUGUCUUCGUGCUAGCAAUUGCAUUGCACACUUUCAUGCAUGUUAGCCUGGGUCGCCAGAUCAGUCACCGCACCUUUGUGUCCAUCGUCGUUGGGCUAUGGGUCUUUGGGGUGAUCUUGGUCAUCGUCCCCAUCGCAGCCCAUGGUCCCCACGUAUGGAUGCCGUCUGUGGGAUGGUGCUGGAUGACCACACAACACCCGGCCCUUCGUCUUUGGACACAUUACUUCUGGAUCUUCUCAGCUCAAUUCCUGAACCUCGUCUUAUACGCCAUCAUGUUCUUCCAGCUCCGACGCAAGAUCUCCCAGUCCAAGAUUCUGGGUAGCAGCUACACAGAAAGUCUCAAACGCCUGAACCGAGUCGUCUCAUACAUGGUCCUCUAUCCGAUUGCCUACAUUGUUUUGACAUUGCCGUUGUCCGCUGGCCGAAUGGCAUCCGUCAGUGGUCGUUCACCUAGCGUGGCCUACUUCUGUGUUGCGGGUGCUCUAAUGACACUAUCUGGCCUGUGUGACACACUGCAGUAUACGCUGACUCGCAAGAGUAUUGUACUGGAGUCGGAGAUCCGGUCCAAGCGAGAGGAUGGAUACCACGAUAUCUCGAGCCACAAGAAGACCACAGUGGACAAGGGCCCAAUCUCGACUGUCUGCGCCGCCCACCCCGGGAAUGACUCCACCGAGGCCAUCGUCCAGAGCCAAGAUAUAGAGCUUGCGAAUGUCGACCACCAAAAUGUGUACCAGCAUACCACCAUUACCGUCACGCACGAACCCGCAUAUUAA